GGAGCGAUCUGGACCAAUUGCGAAUAUCCCAGCGGCGGAGGAUAGACGCGGAUUGGACCACAGUCUCUCGAAUGAUCCGCUUGGAAUUUGGAAGUGAGAAUGAGGCAAGUUGCUACUGGACAUGUCGGCGUGAGAAAGUAGCCAGCAACAAGGCUUCAGAGAGGGAAACACUGCCGAGAGCUCCAUAGCAGACAGAUCUCAGUCGGUAGGGGUCGGAGAUGGGCCGCGGAGGUCAGAAGACCGAUACGGCUUUGGAGAAUGGAGGGCGCGGCUCGAGCAUCUUCACCUGGGAAGAGGUGCAGAAGCACUCCCGCCGGGGCGACCAGUGGCUCGUGAUCAACCGGAAAGUAUACAACAUCAGCGACUGGGUGAAGCGCCAUCCGGGCGGGAUUCGGGUCAUCAGUCACUACGCGGGGGAAGAUGCAACGGACGCGUUCGUGGCGUUUCACCCAGACACCAAGUUUGCGCAGAAGUACCUGAAGGCUCUGCAGAUCGGGGAGCUGGCGGCCACCGAGCCCAGCCAAGACCGCCAGAAGAAGGAGCGACUGGUGAGUGAGUUCCGCGACCUGCGUGAGGAUCUGGAGCGGCAGGGCCUGUUCCGUGCGGACCCCGUGUUCUUCAGCGUGUGCCUGGGCCACAUCCUGCUGCUGGAGCUGCUGGCCCUGCUGCUGGUGUGGACUGCGGGCACCGGCUGGCUCUCCUCCCUCACCUGCGCUGCCCUCCUCGCUACCUCACAGUCCCAAGCGGGUUGGCUGCAGCAUGACUUUGGCCACUUGUCUGUAUUUAAGAAGUCAAAAUGGAACCACCUGUUGCACAAGUUCAUCAUCGGUCACCUGAAGGGAGCCUCUGCGAACUGGUGGAACCACAGGCAUUUUCAGCACCACGCCAAGCCCAAUGUCUUCAGCAAAGACCCAGACGUGAAUAUGCUGCACGCCUUUGUGCUGGGAGAUACCCAGCCUGUCGAGUACGGUGUAAAGAAGCUGAAGUACCUGCCUUAUAACCAUCAGCACAAGUACUUCUUCCUUAUCGGCCCUCCUCUCCUCAUCCCUGUGUAUUUCCACAUUCAGAUCAUGCACACCAUGUUCUUCAGGAAGGACUGGGUGGACUUGGCCUGGUCCAUGAGCUACUACCUGCGUUAUUUCCUGUGCUUUGUGCCUUUCUAUGGAUUCUGGGGCUCCAUGGUUCUCAUCAGCUUUGUCAGGUUCCUGGAGAGCCACUGGUUUGUGUGGGUCACUCAGAUGAGCCACAUUCCCAUGUACAUCGACCACGAGAAGCACCAGGACUGGAUCACCAUGCAGCUGAAGGCGACCUGCAACAUUGAGCAGUCCCUCUUCAACGAUUGGUUCAGCGGCCACCUCAACUUCCAGAUUGAGCACCAUCUCUUCCCCACGAUGCCUCGGCACAACUACUGGCUGGCCGCCCCGUUGGUGAAAGCUCUGUGUGAGAAACACGGCAUCCCGUAUGAGGUGAAGACUCUGUGGCGCGGCCUAGUGGACGUUGUGAGCUCCCUGAAGAAGUCUGGUGAUCUUUGGCUGGAUGCGUACCUGCACAAGUGACCUCCAUCCUCUCCACGUCAACAGACACUGACCCCACAACAGACACGGCUCCAAGAUGCUCCUCCAAUCAGAUACAGUUCUUACUGCCAUGACAAGAUAGUACGUGAUUGUGCUUGGUCACUUCUUUCUGUGAUAACUUAGUGUUCAAUGAUAUACUAUGAAAUUCUCUAAAAUACACAGAGAGCAAUUAACCUGGGUUCUGACUGAAUGACUUUAUAAUCCUCUUAAAAUGAGAGUAGGGAUCAUGUUUGGCCAUCACUGAAUUUCCAUCUGACUCGGACUAAGCCAGUUAAAUCAGACAAUCAUAUAGACUGGUCAUCUCAUCUCCAUUCUAUAAGGAAUCUCUCACACACACCCAGACUGAUUAUCUAAUCUCCAUUCUAUAAGGAAUCUGUACCUUACAGGUUCUCCUUGUUGAUAAGUUUAGGUAUGGUACCACAUUUUAAUCUUUGUGUUUGCUGUCAUUGACUUUUAUAAGUAUUGACAUAGCACAGAAUGCUGGAAAAGAUUGAUGCUGAAAUCAUUGUAUUUUGUAGCCUGCUUUUGAGGCUGUCUUGUCUGCUCAGACAUCAGGAAGAAUAAAAAUACUAAGCACUG